AUGAGCGCCGAGGGUCCAUCCUCGCCCGCGGUCCCCCGAGUGCGCCCCGACCGCCUGGAGCCCGUGCGGAACAAAACUGCCCUCGCCCUGUUGUACGAUGAGGCCUCUGAGAAUGCCUAUGACGUCCGGCUGAGGCUGACAAAGGAGGCACUGACCAUUCAGCAGCAGGACGUGGUCUGCGUGGGUGGAGCCCAUCCGGGUGCCAAUCACAGAACUGUUACACUGCGCAGACAGCCUGUGGGGGGCCUGGGCCUCAGCAUAAAGGGAGGCGCUGAGCACUGCGUUCCUGUUGUCAUUUCAAAAAUAUUCAAAGACCGAGCAGCUGACCGCUCAGGGAUGUUGUUCACAGGCGACGCCGUUCUACAGGUUAAUGGCAUUCACGUAGAACACGCAACCCAUGAAGAGGUGGUGCAUCUCCUGAGAAAUGCAGGGGAUGAGGUCACCAUCACCGUGGAGUACCUCAGGGAGGCACCGUCAUUUCUGAAGCUCCCGCUAGGGUCCCCAGGGCCAUCCAGCAGCCACAGCAGCAGGACGUCCUCACCCUUAUUUGACAGCGGCCUGCAUCUGAACGGACACUGCAGCCACACAGCACUGUCCUUGCCAUCCUCACCCACAGCUGAUGAACCAAAGUACGAGAAGCGCUGGCUGGACACCCUGUCCCUUCCUCUGUCCAUGGCUCGGAUCUCCAGGUACAAAGCCGGCACGGGAAGCCUCAGGUCCCAUGCUUUCGAGGUGCUGGCGCUGGAUGGGGCACGCUCUGGAGUCCUCCAGUUCUCCACGGCCCAGGACUGCGGCGACUGGCUCCGAGCAGUCUCUGCCAACAUCAGCCACCUCAUGUUACAGAGUAUGAAGAUGGCAAAUAAAUGCUGCUCUCCUGGCAACCAGGUGGUGCACAUGGGGUGGGUAAGCGAGAAGCUGCAGGGAGCCGGCUCCCCCCAGGCCCUCGGAUCCAAGUUCCUGGCCCUAAAGGGCUCAUCUGUCUACAUCUUCAGCUCUCCGCCGGUGAGCUCAGCCGAUUGGUUGCGGGCAGAGAGUGUCUAUAACCUCUGUGAGGUGCUAUUUAAAGUUCAUAAGUUCUGGGUGAUGGACGACUACUGGCUGCAGGCCAAUCUCUAUCUGGGGCUGCAGGACUUUGACUUGGAAGACCAGAGGCCAUACUGCUUCAGCCUCCUGGCUGGCCAGGGGAGGAGCCACGUCUUCACAGUGGAGCUGGGCACGGAACUGGCCGUGUGGGAGAAGGCGUUCCAGAGAGCGACAUUCUUAGAGGUGCAGAGGACCGGGUCAAAAACAUACAUGUGCAGCUGGCAGGGAGAAGUGCUGUGCUUCACCGUGGACUUCGCUCUGGGAUUCACCUGCUUCGACAGCAAGACGAAGAAUGUGCUCUGGAGAUUCAAGUUCUCCCAGCUGAAGGGGUCUUCUGACGACGGGAACACUCGAGUAAAGCUCCUAUUUCAGAACCUGGACACCAAGCAAAUCGAGAUGAAGGAGCUGGAGUUCCAGGACCUGCCGGCCGUGCUGCACUGCGUCCACGCCUUCAUGGCCUCCAAAGUGGCCUCCCUGGAUCCCACGUUCCUGGACAGCCACAGCCUCGCCAGAAGAUACGUGCACAGCAGCUAGAGUGGCUCCCGCCGCGUGCUGAAAAUUACAAUUAUUUUCUUAAGACAUGAACAGUUCCUGCACUGCACUGCACCUUUGCGUGAUUUUAUAAUGAGCCCAGAGUUGUGAUACCAAUAAAAUGUGCCACUAGUUUGCA